AUGCUUCUUGAGCACUUUACAUCCAACCAUUGGUGGGCUGCCGCUCUGGCCAUCAUCGCUUGGUACAUCGUAUCUUCUAUUAUAGCAUGGCAUCGUCUACGUCAUAUACCCGGGCCUUUCUUAGCCAAGUUUUCAUAUUUUUGGCUUGCCCGAUUAGCGCUCAGUGGCAAACAAUACCAGGCUCAUCUUGAGCUCAAUAAGAAAUAUGGCCCUAUAGUCAGGGUCGGCCCCUACGAGGUUUUUACGGAUGAUCUGGAGUUAUUGCGCAGAAUCAACGGCACAAAAAGCUCAUAUGCUAAAGGAGCAUCGUACAGCGGUUCCCGAUUGAAUCCCUGGCAUGAGUCUCUUUUCAUGAUGAGGGACCCGAUAGCCCAUGACAAAAUGAAAGCAAAGCUUAUCUAUGGUUACAGUGGAAAAGAAACAAUGGGUCCGGAAGUUGCUGUUGAUGAGCAGAUCAUGAACCUCAUCCAUCUGAUACAGGAUAAAUAUAUAUCUAAGCCUAAAGAGUUCCGUCCGCUUGUAUGGUCAAAAACCGCAGGCCUCUUUACUUUAGACGUCAUCUCCCGCCUUGCGCUAGGCCAGGAAUUUGGCUGCUUGAACAGAGACGAAGACAUGCACUCUUUCUUCGACACGCUGAACGAUUAUCUGCCUGUUGUUUCGUUAACAACCGACGUUCCAUGGCUUCGGAAUAUUGUCUUCUCUCCCCUCUUUCUCUGGCUGUUUGGUCCGAGUAUCAAAGACAAGAAAGGAAUAGGGAAAAUGAUGGGCCUUACCAAUAAGGUUGUUGAGGAAUUCUACUAUGGUGAUGGCCAAGUCAAGCGGGAUAUGCUCAGUUCAUUCAAGAAGCACGGGUUAAGCAAAGAUGAAUGCGAGAUUGAGUCAAUAUUCAUGUUCGUUGCAGGCUCGGACACCACGGCAUCCGUUCUCAGAGCAGGCAUGCUUCACAUCCUUGCCACACCCCACGUCUAUUCGGCCUUGAAGAAAGAGAUCGCAAACGCUAUCCGUGAAGGAUGGGCUUCGAGACCAAUCAGCAACGCAGAAUCGCUUUUUCUGCCAUAUGUACAGGCUGUUGUAUAUGAGUGUCUUCGAAUACGCUCUGUCUCGACGAACAUGAGUUUCAAGGAGGUUCCAACUGGCGGUGAAUUCCAUAACGGAACAUAUCUCCCUGCAGGCACCAACAUAGGAAUGAAUUUCUCAGGGCUCCUCCGCUCAGAGACCUUGUUUGGCAAGGAUGCUCACAUCUUCAGACCAGAGAGAUUCACGGAGGUUGAUGAUAAGACAAGUGCGAAGCUAAAGCGAGAUGUCGAAUUGACCUUUGGGCUUGGGAGAUGGAGUUGUUUGGGGAAGCCGAUCGCCUUAAUGGAGCUGAAUAAGAUUUUCUUCGAGCUCUUUCGCCACUUCGACUUCCAGCUGGCUGAGCCACAUCAGGCAAUGCAGUUUGACUCGUAUAUGUUGUUUCGUGACAAGGGUUUAGUUCUCAGAGUUACUGAAUCAGACCUUCGAGAUCUGAAGUCAAUAAAGGAGGACAUUUAUUGA